AGUAACAGUAAGUUAAUUAAUUGGAAAUUAAAUAUAAUGUAAUAUAAUUGUUUUUUUGUUUUUUAUGUUCGGGCCUCAAUUAGGUGAAAAAUUUGAAUGGGCCUGGAAAAAUUUUAUACCCAAAAGAAAAAAAGAAGAGAACCUAACCCGUCAGCAUCUUCCACACCCUCCGUCACUUGUGAAGUUACCCCCAACCCCCUGUAUGAAGUAAAGCAAAUUAGUACCAAAUUGAAACUCUAGCCGUAGCUUACGUUGAGUUCAAAGUUCGCCGGUCGUCUGUCUAUGUAGCUUCCCUAGUGAUCGAAGUAUUCAGCCCGUCUUCGCGGUCACCGAUCACAGCUGCUACUUCGAGCUCGGCCUCCGUCGUCGUUGUCUUCUCAGGCGCACUUCAGCCAGUGUCUGUUUGCCGUUCACGUUUGCGUCUUCAUUCAGAGGUCGUCUUCGUGCCCGUUCUCCGCCGCUGACGUUCACCCGGCAUUCACCGUUCACAUUCAGUCUCUGUUCACGGUUUGAGUUCACAUUCCCAGUCGUCCAGAAGCGACGCCUCUCUCCUGCCAAUGCUGGGACCUAACUGAGCGCUCCACCUGGCCGUCAAACUGCUCUCUUUUGUCGCCUGGGUGAGUUCCCUAACACCCGCCACCAGACAAUACACCCAGACAAGACGAAUAUUCUGCUUCAAACUCUGCAACUUCUGAUUUCUAUUAUAAUAAGUAGAGUAUUUCAAUGGAGGUGACUCUGAGCGAGGAGGAUGCUGAUUGUGGAGGGAGUGAAAGUGAUGCAUAUGAGGAUGAAUGUUCUGAGUUGGAAGACCUCGCCGGACUGAGUGUGGAUGACAUCCUGAAGAAGGUAUGGUUCAGCAUUGAUAAUACAUAUGAGUUCUAUCGGGGGUUUGGAAAACUACAUGGAUUUGGGGUGCGAAAGGGUGACUCCGGAAAAGAUUGUAAGGGGAAUUUGGUUAGGUAUAGGUUUUUUUGUAACAAGGAAGGCUUGAGGAAACAUAAACACUACGACAGGGUUGACAGAACGAGGGUACACAAACCGGAGACAAGAACUAACUACAAGGCAAUGUUAUUGGUUUAUUUAGAUAAAAAUGAUAAGUAUUGGAAGGUUAGGAAGUUAGUUACCGAACACAAUCACGAGCUGACACCGGCAGGAAUUGUGCACAUGAUUGCCAAUCAUCGUGGGUUAACGGAAGUAGCAAAGAGUCAAAUAGUUGGGAUGCAAGCGCAUGGUAUUGCAACGUCUAAGAUUGUAGGGUACAUGGCUGGUAUGGCCGGUGGCUAUUCGUUGUUGGGAUUCCUGAAGAAGGAUGUCUAUAACUAUGCUGACAAACGGCGGCAUAUUAAAAUAACUGAUGGUGAUGCGAAUUCUGCAUUAGUGUAUCUAGAGGGAAAAGCCGAAUCAGACCCCAUGGCAAUCGCAAAAUAUAAUGUGAUUAGUGACAACAGGCUCGCAAAUCUGAUUUGGGCGGACGGAUCUAACUGAGUCGAUUACCAAUACUUUGGUGAUGUAUUGGCGUUCGAUUCAACCUACAAGAAAAAUAAAUACAAGAGACCGAUUGUGAUUUUUCUGGAUCAAACAAUCAUAAGCAGACCACUAUCUUCGGGUUCGGGUUGUUGCUUGAUGAAAGUCUGGCAUCCUAUCGGUGGAUGCUGGAGAAUUUGAUGGAGAUCAUGUGUAGUAAGAAGCCGUCUGUAGUGGUGACUGACGGGGACAAAGCUAUGAUAAAAGUAGUUUCUGAAGUCCUCCCCGAGUCGACGCAUCGUUUGUGUGCAUGGCAUGUGGAGAAGAAUGUCACAUCAAAUGUGAAGGAUGCAGAUUUACGUGGGCUGUUUAGAAGAUGGUUGUACGUGGAGAUGGCGAUAGAGGACUUUGAAUCGGAAUGGGAGCAGGCCACCGAUGAGUAUGGCCUACGCGAGAAGCAGUGGUCAUGCCAGAUGUAUGAUAAAAAGGAGAUGUGGGCAAGUGCUUAUCUGCGUGACAAGUUCUGUGCUGGCUAUCGGAUUACAUCCCGCUGUGAAGGAAUUAAUGCAUAUGUGAACAAGUUUUCGAAGUCCACCCACACAAUUUUGGAGCUGGUGCAGAGCUUAGAUAUGGUUGCCCGCGAGUAUCAAAUAAGGAGAUGCUGCUCCAGUUUCAAUCCAUAAACUCGGUUCCGGUUAUGACAACAUGCCUCAGAAGUAUUGAACGACAUGCCGCUUCAGUGUACACCAGAGAAGUGUUUGGUGAUGUUAAGAAGCAGAUCGAUGGGGUUGGUGCAUUGAUCCUAAUUAGCAAAAGGAGGAUCAUGAAUACAAUUGUAUACACCCUGGAGGAGUACGAGGAACCUGAUGUUCACAUAAUGUCGUCCUUCGGUCGGUCAACUGGGAAGUUAAGUUGCCAAUGUAAUUUCUGGAAGAAGCAUGGUUAUCCAUGCAAGCACAUGUUCUUCGUCAUGAAGGCAGAGCACCUAAAGGAGAUACGCGAUAAGAUCGUUCUGCGGAGGUGGAGAACUGAUGCAAAGUCCCUUGAGCAAUACACAGAAAAUUGGGGAGACGUUAGCGAGUGUGGUGUCAUCCUCCGUCAUGGGCACUCCAUUCCGCCUCGCAGUAGAUGUUUUUCCUGGGGGCACAAAGGUUGUCCAUGUUCCAAAAGGCAAUGUGUGGAAUUGAAUCGUUAUGAAAAGACCUCGAGUUAGAUUAUAGGGCAUUUCGUACUGGGGUUCGACGGAGCGACGAACACGUGGGUGAAGGUAAUCUUGUCGUGAGGGAUCCAGUUGUUUCUAAGGCAAAGGGGGCCCCAAAACUUGCAAAGAAGAAGGCACUUGGUAAAAGGAGGCAAUGCACCGGCUGUAAGGGUGAACAGCGUCAACAGCCGGAUUUACGUGACAAUGCAUUUGAGGGGGACGACGUAUACAGGCCGGACCGGGUUAGUUAUUUUAUUUGUAUGUUUUAUUAAACUACUUCUCUACCUGCAACAUCCUUUUGUUAACUAGUAU